GAUAUAUAUUAUAUAGUAAAUUACAAUCUCUCUCUUGCUCACUCUGUCUCUGUCUCUCUCUGUCGCUCACACACACUCUGAAUUAACCAAACGGACGCAUUUAACAAUUAUACGCGGCUUUUCUCUGGUUCUGGUUUGGGACAGGUUUCUAGCCUUGUGGAUAUUUUUCUUAGUCUGCAACCCAGAAACAAAAACCGCAACCCAAAAUGUUAUGUUUUAGAUCAAACCCACCAAAAAAAUUCCUUCUUUUUCUUUCCCUUGCCCUCUUCAUUGCUUUAACUUCAGGAAGCUCUCACAUUUCGCACACUUUUCGAACAACAGGUGUAAGGGUAGGUGGUGAGACUGAGUAUGAGUAUGGUGGAGCGGUGACAUGGGACACAAGGAGGUCUCUUGCUGAAGGAACUGUCCAAAACUCGUCUUUGAUAUUGGCUGAGAAGAGAACAUACAGGAAGGACCCUCUUGAUGGGUUCAAGAAAUACACUGGUGGUUGGAAUAUCAGCAAUGACCAUUACUGGGCUUCUGUUGGAUUCACUGCGGCUCCCUUCUUUGUCAUUGCUGGUGUCUGGUUCGUGCUUUUUGGGCUAAGCUUAUCCUUUAUCUGUCUCUGUUACUGCUGUUGUCCAAGAGAGCCUUAUGGUUAUUCUAGAACAGCCUAUGCUCUCUCUCUCAUCUUCCUUAUUUUAUUCACCCUUGCGGCAAUUGUUGGAUGCAUUGUUCUGUACACUGGCCAGGGAAAGUUCCACAGCAGUACAACAAACACACUGAAAUAUGUUGUGAGUCAGGCAGAUACAACUGUUGAAAACCUCAGGAAUUUGUCAGGUUAUCUUGGUGCAGCUAAAAGGAUUGGAGUUGAUGCUAUAUUUCUGCCAGCAGAUGUUCAAAGUAACAUUGACAAUGUUUUAACAAAGAUCAACUCUGCUUCCAAUACACUUUCUGAUAAAACUGAAAAGAAUUCAAAGCGUAUACAAGAUGGAUUGGAUAGCAUGAGACUGGCUCUCAUUAUUGUUGCUGCUGUUAUGCUCUUUUUGGCCUUUCUUGGAUUUUUAUUUUCCAUUCUCGGGAUGCAAGUCCUUGUCUACUUCUUGGUCAUUGUUGGGUGGGUUCUUGUUGCAGGCACAUUCAUUUUAUGCGGUGUAUUUCUCCUUCUCCAUAAUGUGGUUGCAGAUGCAUGUGUUUCCAUGGAUGAGUGGGUCACGAACCCCACAGCCCAUACUGCAUUAGAUGAUAUACUCCCAUGUGUGGACAAUGCUACUGCUCAAGAGACCUCUUCACGCACCAAGGAAACAACCUACCGACUCGCUACUGUGGUUAACCGUGUCAUCACCAAUGUCUCGAAUAAGAAUUAUCCACCCACCAUGGGACCUUUAUAUUUUAAUCAGUCUGGCCCACUGUUACCCGUUCUUUGCAAUCCAUUCAAUUCUGAUCUCACUGAUCGACAGUGCAGUCCUGGUGAAGCGAAGCUGCAAAAUGCCACAGAGGUAUGGAAGAAGUAUGUUUGUGAGGUUUCCGUGGCCGGCAUUUGUACUACACCUGGCCGGUUGACUCCAACCUUUUACAGCCAAAUGGAAGCUGCAGUAAAUGUGAGUUAUGGUCUGUAUCGUUAUGGUCCAUUCUUGGUUGAUCUGCAAGACUGCACGUUUGUUAGGGAUGCGUUUACAGACGUGAGUAACCGGAAUUGCCCUGGUCUGCGAAAGUACAGUGGCUGGAUCUACAUUGGGUUGGUAAUGGUAUCUACAGCGGUGAUGUUGUCAUUGAUCUUCUGGGUAAUCUAUGCAAGGGAGCGAAGGCAUCGAGUAUACACUAAACAGUUUACGGCUAGAACUGCAGGGGAUUUCCAAGACAAGGGUGCUUAAAACUUUUUUUUGGUCUGAAAGGGUGCUUAAAGUUAAACAUAUGUUUUCGUCCAACCAUGUACAUUGGAGUGAUUUUAGCCUAAGGUCUUUUGUACAUUGUGGUAGUUAAUCUUUAGGUUUGUUUAUUAUGCAGUACUCAGUUGUGUUUGCUCAGAACUCAGUUAGACAAAGUAGUAAUAUUUCGGAGAUAUCAUUAUCGUUAUCGUCCAUUUUUGUGCUUUUAAUA